AUCACUCCUUAUCGUGGUGAAAUUCUGACUUGAUGCGCCAUAUAAGACAUAAAAUUAAUUUUUCUUAUUUCAAUUCUCGUUGAAGUCACAAAGGAAUAACGACUCUAAAAACUAUCAACAUGAAUAUCAUCAUUCUUUUAAUACUUUUUAUUUUGCAAACUGUAAGGUAUUCUGCACUUGGAAGUCUAGUUACGCAAACAAAAUGCAGUAAUUGCCAGCCUAAUCUAUCAAUACCUGAAACCCCUUCACUCAAUGCUAGUGGCGAUGAAAACGAAGACCUCGAAAAAUUUACAUUAUCGACAAUAAUAUCCCAUGACAAUGGCAUUACGUUAUCGUCGAAAAUAAUGGCAGAUGGCCCGACAACAGCAUCUGCAUCAACAUUUCAAACGGUUGCACCUAUUCUGCUGUUAACAACAUCACACUUGGAAUCUACUGUAUACAAUCGAGUCUACUCUACGCCAAGAACUUCCACUAAAAAACUCAAUUCAACUAAAAAUUCAAAAGACGUCGAGCUUUUUAUUCUUAUACCUUUGAUUUUGAUUGCUUUGACACUGAUGUCAGUUGCAUUGGUUUUGUUGUUACUAAUUCAAAAAUACAGGACGAAGAAUCGCCGUAGCCUUGGAGUGUAAAAUGCUUAUAAAAUUAGAUGAAA